AUGGGGAAGAGAUUCCAGUUGCCCAAGUUCUCCCGAGUGAUCCCAUCAUCUUUCCACUACUGCCGUUCCAAAAACCUGGACGACACCUGUCCUUCUUCCCAUCCCGCCCCUAUUCCCUCCUUCCACCGCCUUGUCUCCUCCUCCUCCGCCACCGCCGCUCAUCCCCUGCCUCCUCCGCCAGAUCAUCCCAGCAGCAGUAAGCCACGUGACUCCUCCUCCUCCUCUUCCAUCAAGCGCCACGUGUCCUCCGCCAUCACCUCCAUCGGCUGCGGCUGCGCCUCCAAAUCCACCGCCUCCGCCCCGCCGCAUCCGGGGAGGAGGCACGUGCUCCGCUGGGAGGAGGAGGACAAAUGGCACGUGGCUGUCGCUAGCAAUCACGUGAUCCUCCCCCCUGCCUCGAAGAAGGCAGCGUCGAAACGGCGCGUGAAGAAGAAGAAGAAGAAGAAGAAAACGACGCGGAUCCGGAUCUCGACUUCCUCCGCCGACACGGGGGGACUCUUCAGCAGCGAAGGAGGCCCGGAGGACCACGACGAGGGCGAGGAAAUGGAGGCGACGCUGGUGUCGUCCUGUAGAAGCUUCUCCACCGACGACGACGACGACGAUGAUGACGUGGCAGGCUCCUCAUCCCCUCGGUUGAAGCCCAUCAGCGAGACGGUACUAUUUGGGGGCGGGACCAGGAGGAAGGACGACAGACGAGGAGCGCGCAGGAGGCGGCGGAGGAAGGCGGCGGCGGCGGCGGAGGUGGGGUCGCCGGCGAGGUUGUCGAGGUUCUCGCAGUGGGUGAUGCCGUGCAAGGUGGAAGGGAAAGUGAAGGAGAGCUACGCGGUGGUGAAGAGGUCGGAGGAUCCGAGGGAGGAUUUCAAGAGGUCGAUGGCGGAGAUGAUUAGGGAGAAGGAGAUGUUCGAGGAGAAGGAUCUGGAGCAGCUGCUGCGCUGCUUUCUGUCGCUGAAUUCCAAGGAUCACCACCCGGUCAUCGUCCAGGCUUUCUCCGAGAUUUGGGAGGACUUAAUUUAA